AUGGCUCUCGCAUGCUCCAUGUCAUCAGCAACAUCCACAUUGAAGCUGUCGCUCGCUCCUCCCAGAACAGCCACCAGCACACGCCGAUGCACCAUCAUCUGCCAAGCUGAGCCCAUCCGGCGACCAGGUCCCGUCGCUCCGCAAUCAGCGGACGCUCCAGCAGCCGCGGCUCCUGCCAGUCCGUCCUCCGCAGCGGCGACGGUUCCGGCAGGCGUGACGGUGGAGUAUCAGCGGCAGGCGGCGAAGGAGAUGGUGGCGUACUUCCAGGAGAAGAAGUACGAGCAGGACGUGCGGGACGGGAAGGUGCUCGGCUUCACCACCAAGAACGAGAUCGGCAACGGACGGUGGGCUAUGUUUGGUCUGGCAGUGGGUCUGCUCACAGAAUACGCCACAGGGGUGAACUUCCCAGACCAGCUCUACAUUCUGCUCUCCAAUUUCGGCAUUGUUGACUAA